AUGACCACCAAGGAGAAGAAUUUUAAUAUACCCUUUACUGGAAGUGAUGUAUUUGUGACUUUGAAGAUAGUGUAUAGCCAACUUGAUGAUGCACACUCACAUUCAAGUUUUGCCGAAUCUACUAACAAUAAUAAAGUUUAUCUCCGCCGCAGGAAUAAGGAUAAGGAUGUUGAAAAUGUGAAGGAGCAGCAGCAAAAAAACUUAACAGCUGCAGCCCUAGACAUAGAUGCUUGGGGACAUCUUCGAGGACUUGUUCCACUUCCACCAAACAGACGAGUCGCAGAGUUACUAAUUGGACAAGAUUGCCCAGAUGCCUUGACUCCCCUUGAGUGUGGGACACGGCCGGAUGGAGCACCUUUUGCAAUAAAGACAAGAUUGGGUUGGACAAUUAAUGGGCCCCUGAUGGGCAAUUUAACUCACAGGUUUACAACGGAAUGUUCCAUGCUGACCGCCUCUACCGAAAAAACUCGAUUGGAAGAACAAGUGAGGCGCUUCUGGGAAAUUAAAGCAUUACACCAGACCCCGGGAGAUGGCUCCCUGUCAUCAGUGGAGGAUAAACGGGUCAUCCAGCUUUGGUCGUCGACUGGACAGAGAGUGGAGGGACACUCCCAAUUCCCAAUUCCAUUCCGGCGUCAACCGCCCUGUCUACCUGACAACAGAGCGCUCGCCAAGCGUUGCCCACUGGGACUAAAGAAACGCCUAUCGAGGGACACAAGGUUGAGACUCUGGUACAAGGAGGAGAUGGAAAAGUUAUUCAUCGGAGGCUUCGCCGAAAGGGUGCCACUAAAGCAAUUAUCGGAGUCCGUUGGAAGUAGCUGGUACCUGCCUCAUCACCCAGUACUAAACCCCAACAAACCAGACAAGGUACGGAUAGUCUUCGAUUGUGCAGCAUCCUUCUCGAAGACUUCACUCAACAAUCAAGUGCUCCAAGGAUCAGACUUCAACAACAAAUUGAUUGGAGUACUCAUGUGGUUCAGACAAGAGCCGAUCGCCCUGAUGGCCGACAUCGAAGAAAUGUUCCAUCAAGUGAAGGUAAAUCCAGAGUACAGAGACGCUUUACGAUUCCUCUGGUGGGAAGCAAAGGUUCAGGUUCCCACCCGCCCGGCGACAAAAAGGGUCUUACUAGCAGUGGUAAGCUCGGUGUACGACCCUCUAGGAUUCAUCUGCCCUUUCACCAUCAAAGCCAAGCUCAUUUUCCAAGACGAAUGCAGGCGGAAGAAGGACUCGGACGAAGACAUCACUGAGCAAAGCCUUCACAAGUGGUUGCGCUGGCUUGAAGAUUUGAAAUCACUGAGAAACGUCAAAGUUCCUCGCUGCUACAGACCCGGUGGACUGGGUUGUGCCACCUCAUCGCAACUCCAUCACUUCUGUGGCGCCUCACAAGUGGCCUAUGCAGUUGUAACGUACCUACGGACAGUAGAUAAUGAAGGUGAUGCCAGAUGUUCUUUCGUUUGUGGCAAGGCUCGUCUGGCCCCUCUCAAACAGCUAACGGUCCCAAGGCUAGAACUCUGUGCAGCAGUCCUUGCGACAAGAGCAGACCAGGCAAUCAAGCGUGAAAUUGGAGUCCCACUUGAAGAAUCCUUGUUCUGGACGGACAGUAUGAUUGUGGUCAAGUACAUCGCCAACCUAGAGAAACGUUUCUAUACCUUCGUUGCCAACAGGAUCUCAGCUAUACAUGAAGUCACGGAGAAGGCCCAAUGGAGACAUGUACGAUCAAGAUGGAAUCCAGCAGAUGAUGCUACAAGAGGCAUACCUGUUGAAGACAUGUUAAAGGAAUGCAGAUGGAUUGAUGGUCCCUCUUUUUGUCUCUACCUGAGGAGUACUGGCCCAGAGAACCGGAAAUCAGACACGAACUUGAGAAUGAUCCCGAAGUUAAGCUCGAGGCGGUGUCAUUAG